AUGGCCGAUCAGCCCGAAAAGACCGCCGCCGCUCCUGCUGCCCCCGAGGCGCAACCCCCCACCACCACCACUACUACUACCGAGCCUGCAGUUUCGGAGUCUCAGACUCAACCUGAACCUCAGCCAGAAGCCGAACAAAAAGUCGAGCAGGCGACAACAGGAGAAGAGGCAUCUCCUGCCCCCGCUGCCACGGAACCUCCCGUGACGGAACCCGCUCCCGCUACCGCCCAGGAGGCCCCCGAGGAUAACAAGGAGGAAGCACCCAAGGAAGAGACCAAGGAGACCAAGGCUGAGGAAUCCAAGGAGGAGCAGAAGGCCGAAGAGCCCGCGGCUGAGCCCAAGGCCGAAGCAGCAAAAGAUGAGGAACAAAAGCCCGCUCAGCCCGAGUAUCUGGCCAAGAACCCGGCCCUGAGCCAGUUCUUCGAUCGUCUGUCUGCCAUUCUCUCCUCCACUGGCCACAAUGAGAUGUGGGGUGUCACCCUCAAGGACUCCUCGGAUGUCCCCACCGUCAACAUUCUCAUCAAGUUCCUGCGCGCCAACGAGGGUAAUGUCAAGCUGGCCGAGGAGCAGCUGACUAAGGCCCUGCAAUGGCGCAAGGAGAUGAACCCCCUCGCCCUGACCGAGGGCCGCUACAGUGCUGAGCGCUAUGGUGGCCUGGGCUAUGUCACCAAGUACCCCGAGGCGAAUGGCAAGGAGACCAUUGUUACUUGGAACGUCUAUGGUAAUGUCAAGUCUAUUGAUCAGACCUUUGGCGAUGUAGAUGGGUUCAUCAAGUGGCGUGUCGCGCUCAUGGAGCUCGCUGUCAAGGACUUGAAGUUGAGUGAGGCGACGACCGUGAUCGACUACGACGGUGAGGACCCGUACCAGAUGCUCCAGGUCCACGACUACCAGAACGUCAGCUUCCUCCGGCUGAACCCCACCAUCAAGGCGGCCAGCAAGAAGACCAUCGAGGUGUUCUCCAUGGCCUACCCCGAGCUGCUGCGGGAGAAGUUCUUCGUCAACGUGCCUGCCAUCAUGGGCUGGAUGUUCGCCGCCAUGAAGGUCUUCCUCAGCAAGAACACCACCCGCAAGUUCCACCCCAUCUCCAACGGUGCCAACCUGGCCCGCGAGUUCCCUUCCCUGAAGGACAAGUUCCCCAAGACCUAUGGUGGUAACGGCGCGACCCUGGAGGAGGAUGCGUUCACGGUCAACCUCGAGAAGGCCGAGCCUGCCCCGGAGGCUCCCAAGGAGGAGCCUAAGGAGGAGUCCAAGCAGGAGCAGGCCGAGGCUUCCAAGGAAGAAGCCAAGGCAGAGCAGGCUGAGGCUCCCAAGGAAGAGGUAAAGGAGGAGGCCAAGGAGGAAGCCAAGACAGAGCAGCCGGCGGCCGAGGAGCCGGCCAAGGCAGAGGCUGCAGUGACGACCCAGGAGGCGCCCGCCGCAGCGGAAGCCAAAUAA